CGGCAGGAGACGUGCGUGCGCGCGCUCGCUUCUCCCCCUCCAGCGGGCGGGAAGGUUGAAGCCGAGAAGCUCGCUCAAAGGGAUCCUGAGGCCGGGAGCUCCAGCCCUUAGUUACCGCGCUCCGUGUUCCUCCUGCCAGCAUCAUCCGCCACGAUGAAACGUCGGAGGAGAUUUGGGGUCCAGAAGGUGGAGGAAUGCGGGAUUUGGUUGGACACGGAGGAGCUGAAGAGAAAGAAAGUGAAGGCCCACUCCAUUGCGGAGUUUCUGAACCCUCUGUCCAGAAGCAAGUACAACAUAAACGUGGCUGUGAACUUCACCCAGACCACGUCACCCCAAAGGUGUGUCAAGCAGACAAGCGUCUCUUCCUUCUUCUUCCCAAAGUCCAAAGGUAAUCCCAGGAGUCAUCCCAGUGCAUCGAGCCUGCAGGCGGUGGACACUGCCUCGCCAUUCACAGCCACCACCGAGGAAGGAAGGCUUGCAGAUCAGCCUGAGCUGAUCAUUGACCCCGAUUCCCACGGAGGCAGCUUUGGCUGCCACAUUUUGGUGGAUGGGAGGGAGGUUGGUGCGGACACAGACCCAGACAUAGACACAGCCUCUCCUCGCAGCACUGCACACCUCAACACCGCAGUGACACAUGAAGAGAAGGCACCACCGCUAACACGGCACUCCUCUCACAAAGCUGCUGUCCAGAACUACAUUGACAGUGGCGUACAUGGGCUGCAGUCCAGAACUACAGGACAGACUGCUGCGUCCACUGAAGCUCCGAUUCUGCCUCCUGAUGACGGUACCCAGCCUGAUUUUACUCAGGAUUCACAAGGGAACAAAGUAAUCUCACACAGGGAGUCAGCAUGGUCGGCUGCUGAGAUUUACACACCAGCCCAGGGGGCCUGGUCUGAGGCUGACCCUGAUACACUGCGCACAGAACAUUUCCGAGCAGAGUCACUGGGCUUUCUCACCUCGACGCCGCAAACUACGAGCAGAGCGCCGGGGUUAUCGGAAAGGAAGGCAGUGUUUUCACCCAAGAGGCCGAACUCAGACCGGGACAAAGGUUCACCGCUGGACAACAAGGAAAACAUGAGUGGGCCUGCGUUGUCUGGUUUUGUGGGAACGAGGAAGAGUCGGCCAUCUUGGUCAAGGACCCUGUUGCCUCUGAGUCGCCUUUCCCCCCAGCAGUGUGCCAACGUACCCCGCGACGUGCCACUGGACUUCAAGGGGUUGAGCAGUGACCAUUGCGAGCUGUCGAUGUUGUUCAGCCAAGAUUCACAGGGCAACCGGGUCAUCUGCCACCGCGGUGUGAACGGCAGGAGAAGGGAGGGGGCCGGCCCCUCAUCCCAGGGCCACAAGGGGGGCAAUGGUCGUCCGCUCAUUCCAAUGUCUCCUUCAAACCGUGGUCUGUGUAAAUCACCCCAGGCUGAGCACCAUGCCUCCGCCUCCUUCUCUCUGCUGUUUACGCAGGACUCUGACGGCCGAGCUGUCAUCAAGCACAGUUCAAGGGCAACAAGCUGAUUCUUGCUCUGCUUGUGGCUCAUUGUUUUUCUCCUCGCCCUGACGGUAAAUGUAAAAGUUAAAAGGAAUAAAGAUAAUUUUGGUAUUGCUA